GCUUUCCGCGCGGGCUGCCCCGGGCGGAAGCGCCGUUCGCGCCUUCCCGCGGCCGUUCGGCUCUUUCCGCCUCCCCUCCGGGGCGCUUCGUUCGUUUCCGCGGCCGCUCGGCUCUUUCCGCGCGGGCCGGCGGCGCGCUCGGCCCUUCCCGCCGCCUGCCGGGCGCUCGGCGUUUUCCGUGAGCGCUCGGCGUUUUCCGUGCGGGCCGCGGCGCGCUCGGCGCUUGCUCCCUGGCUGGCGCUCCUCAGUCGGCCGCUGCCUGCCUGUCGCCGGGCUGGGAGCGCCUGUGUGUGUGUGAGUGACGCGGCGGAGGUGUAGUUUGACGCGGUGUGUUACGUGGGGGAGAGAAUAAAACUGCGGCGAGAUCCUAGGCGCGAACGAAAGCAGUGACGGAGCAGCCUGGUAACCGGUAACUAAAUGACCAUGGAAUCUGGAGCAGAGAACCAGCAGAGUGGAGAUGCAGCCGUUACAGAGGCAGAAACCCAACAGAUGACAGUACAGGCACAACCACAGAUUGCAACGUUAGCCCAGGUAUCUAUGCCAGCAGCUCACGCAACGUCUUCUGCGCCCACGGUGACCUUAGUUCAGCUGCCCAAUGGGCAGACAGUUCAAGUGCAUGGAGUAAUUCAGGCUGCCCAGCCAUCAGUUAUUCAGUCUCCACAGGUCCAGACAGUUCAGAUCUCCACUAUAGCAGAAAGUGAAGAUUCACAGGAAUCAGUAGACAGUGUCACAGACUCACAGAAACGAAGAGAAAUUCUUUCCAGACGACCAUCCUACAGAAAAAUUUUGAAUGACUUGUCCUCAGACGCCCCAGGAGUGCCAAGGAUCGAAGAAGAAAAGUCUGAAGAGGAAACAGCAGCACCUGCCAUCGCCACUGUUACGGUGCCAACUCCCAUUUACCAAACCAGCAGUGGGCAGUACAUUGCUAUAACCCAAGGAGGAGCAAUACAGUUGUCUAACAAUGGCACAGAUGGAGUACAAGGUCUCCAGACAUUGACUAUGACCAAUGCAGCUGCAACCCAGCCUGGCACCACCAUUUUACAAUAUGCACAGACCACAGACGGACAACAGAUACUUGUACCCAGCAACCAAGUUGUUGUACAAGCUGCCUCAGGAGAUGUGCAGACCUACCAGAUUCGCACCGCCCCUACCAGCACCAUUGCACCAGGCGUAGUCAUGGCAUCCUCUCCAGCACUUCCAACCCAGCCAGCAGAAGAGGCUGCACGGAAGAGAGAAGUGCGUCUAAUGAAGAACAGAGAGGCAGCACGUGAAUGUCGCAGGAAGAAAAAGGAGUAUGUGAAAUGUCUAGAAAAUCGAGUGGCUGUGCUUGAAAACCAAAACAAGACACUGAUUGAGGAGUUGAAAGCACUUAAGGACCUUUACUGCCACAAAUCAGAUUAAUUUUGGAUUCCCAUUUUCACUUGUCCAGGUGGGAUAGAGACUGGUUCUGGCUAUGCCCAGAAAGACAAAGUAAACUUUUUAUUUUCUAAACAUUUCUUUUUUUCUAUGCGCAAAACUGCCUGAAGCAACUACAGAAUAUACUUCAUCUGUGCUUUGCAUCAAACUGUGAAUGUUCAAGUACUUGCCUCCACUUCUCCCCCUACAAGAUUAUUUUCAUCAUCAGUCUCAGCAUGAAGAAGAAGAACAGGCUUCUUUCUCAUCUCCCCAUCCUCUUCAAGGAGUAACAGCAGUCUCUUGGGAAGUUACUGUGGGGAGGGCCCUUCUGUAAUGAUUUGAAGAAUUUGUGCUGAGCUCUUUCCAUUGCCUUAGAGACAGAACCACCCCAGCCUCUUGGUCCAGAGAAGUGUGGGCCACAAAUAUGGAGCAUACAUGGUGCAAUGAAGAAGCAAUGGUUGCCAAAUUGGUUUCACAUAUUCAUUAUGAACUAUAAAAAUACAUGGCUAAGUGGCAUGCCAAAUGAAAGGCACUUCACAGUCACGUUCUUGAUGUGGAGAUAACAUACCUUUUUUCAAACUAGCCCAGAAGGGGUUUUGAUUUGUAAUCUGUACUAAACCCUCCUGGACUAGUAAAAACUUCUCCAUACCUCAGAAACAAAUGCAUUGAAAUGAGCUUCACUGGUCAGUUGUUGCUUCUCAAAGCUUAUGUGUGCAAGUGUGUUCAGCAUUCUGAAUGCACAAAAAGCAAACACCAACUUCAUAGGAUGUUGGUCGGGAAAUUAUAUUUGGAUGGAAAAGGAAUUCAGAAUAAAAAGGUACAACAGUGACAUUUCGAAAACAGUCACAUAGUAAGCAAGGGUAACACUUGAAAGCACUACCUGUUCAUAUGCAGAACAACUAAGCAGUUGAAGCAUGGCCAACUCCACGUACAUACUCCCUGAUGAUGGUAUAGUCUAUCCCCCAAGUCCUCUCAAGCAAUGAGGUUAUUUCUAUUUCCCUACCGCUGUCUUAUGUAAUGGAAAUUAUUAUACUCAAUGGAAACAUCAGCCUGGUUUGCUAGAUUCUUUUUCAAACUUUGAGGCUGCCUUCCAUACGUAAAUUAAAUUGCAGUAUGACAAGUACCAGGACAACCUCAAAUACUGAAGAGGACUUCAAACACAAAUAUUCCAACUUCUGCUUCGCAAGGGACAAUAUUAAUUAUUUGAACCUGGCCAAGCUAGCUAAACUCUAAUUUAUUCGGAGGAUUUUUUCAUGUAAAGGGUCAGAUUUACCGAGUAAUUUAUUCCUGUAAGCAAAAUUACUCAUGUGCCUCAUAUGUUUGCAAGAUCAAAUUUUUGUGUGCACUGAGGAAAUGAAAUCUUUCCCAGAUUUACAUUGUUAAAAAAGUAGUUCAUGUUUAAAACCAACUCUGUACUAAGCAUUAGGACUUCAAAAGAAUCAUGCUGAAAAAGAACCAAAAAAGAAUGUCAAGAAGUCAUCAAAAAGAAUGUGUGGAAAAGAAUCGUGUGCAGUUUGUUUACUGGCCCUCUGAAGCCAGACUCUUGAUAUAUUAGCUUGGGUCAUUUGAUGGAGUAAGUUUACUUUGGGCUUCUGGUCAAACUUUUAUGUAUAGAGACAUAGGAAUAAGGCUCUGGUCUGUACUAACACCUUGCCUAGCGAAGUAUUCGCUAAUAUUUUUUUUCCCAUUCGCUUUACCUGUUUUUAAGAUAAAUUUCAAACACGAGCUUCUAAAAGGUUAUACAAUCAAUGUGACGUUCUAAGAAGAACAUUUGGAAGACUCUGGGCAGUUGAGUCUCAAACAGCUAAGCAGUAUUAAAACUUCUAGUUUUCUCAUUUGAGAGGGCAUUCAGUUUCAGAGACUUUCAAAGGAGCAGGGUUAAACUUAAAGCAUUAUUGUUAAAUCUAGAGUUAGCAAUAAUUUCAAAUUACGUUUGUAUUUGAAGAGAACGUAAGUAUCAAUUAUGAAAGAAUUCAUUUUCACAAGUUUUGAGGGGGUUUAUAAAUGGUCUAUUUUUAUCUGCCAUAGAGAAUUAAUUUUCAUGGUUUUAUUUAAUGGAAGUUGAAUUUAUUAGUUUAGCAAUGCAAAUGUAAAGAAGACUCUAAAUUCUCAGCAAUGCUUUUAUAAAAAUGGUCUGAUUCUUAGUCAGAGAAUACAAACACAUAGAACGGUUACCAGUUUUUCAGAACUAGCGCUGAAGUACAAAUGUUGAUAAUACAGGAGUCACUCUUAUAAAACAUGAAGCUCAUGAUGGCCUAAUUUACACAGUUAUAUGGGAUGGUUCCUCCAGCUUUGAGAAACACGGAAAAGGCUGUACAUGCCUACCUUAAGGCUGUUUCUUUUGUAGAACCACCUGUUUGCAAAAACUUGAGUUUUUGCAGUGAACCUGAAUGAGGCUAGCUGUGAUCUGAGAGCUGUUCCUAGUGGGUAAUGAGCAGUGUUUAGCGCUUGCUGAUAGUCACUCAGCACAAAGACUGGGAGCUGAAAGGAUCAGGGAGCCUAAACCAGUAACCAGACAGGGUUUUUCUAAUACAGGAUUGGUGCAAAUUUGUGCGGCAGUGACAGAAUUGUGUUACUGGUUUGUGUGUGCAUGGUCUGCAAGUAGUCUGUAGUGUUACUAGUCUAGACCUCAUUAGCAACUAAUGUUUCACUAGGAAAAAGACCAUUAAAGUUCAUAGAGAUCUGCAAGGAUCUUCGCUUGCAUUUCUGCUGCACUGAGGAUUUAGGGACUGGAAUUUAUUUAACGGAAAUUUUAAAUGACAAUAAUAAAAAAUGUAUUAGACCAACUACAGGGCUGGCUAGGGUUACCCAUACAUGCUUUACUAUUCACACUGGGAAAUAAGGGAAAGAAUAUGACACAGGAAUCCAUUCAUAUGUUAUUUAUCAAGUAGUGAGGUUGGGGUAAUCAGCUUCUAUAAACUAAGGCCAUUUGGAAAUAGGACAGAAAUUAUGCUGGCAGGGGGGAGGGAGGGUUAGUUUUAUAUCUCACAGUUGUGAGUUUUCAAGAAUUGAUAGCCUGUUUUACCUGAAGAGAGGGUUAGAAAGGGCUAGAUCCAUUAUGUUCAUAAUAAACAAGAAUUGAUUUGAAAUAUAAUUUUUGUAAUGUCAUUAUUUUGCAAAACAACAGCACCAAUCAGGCAGUUAAGAUAUUGUCAGAGGUGCUCUUUUAAUUUAGAUAUUCUUGGAAAAUACAUAUGUAUAAUAUAUGUACAUAUAUAUAUAUACACACAGUAUAUAAUCUACAGCUCUGAGAGCUUUUAAGUCAGGAAUGCUGAGUAUUAUAGUAUAUGGAGGUCAGAAAAAAUUUUUACUUUUCUGUGUAUGUCUGGGUGUGUGUGGACGUGUGCGCGUGUGUGAAAGCUUUCCCCCACCCCAGUAGUUCUGGGCUGCAUUAUUCUAGCGCUUAUUACUGAUUUGUUUUGUGCUGUUUCUCAGUUAUCCAUUUUCAAGAAUUUUAUUUCACCUUUCAUGGCUUUCGUGAGGUUUGUUUUUGGGUUUUAUUGAUGGACAUUUUUGAAAUUAUGUAAACAGUUGUUUUACAGCAACCACCACCCCCCAGAAUAGUUCACUUUUGGGCUUUUUCUCUUUGGCAGCUAUAUAUCAAAGGCAAAACAAUUGGAAAGGUUGUUAAGGUGUUAUUUUCUAAAGGAACCACUGGUAAGACUUCUGUUUUCCUCCUGGGGUCGUGGCGAUGCAUUUUUAUUUAAGCAGCAAUUUCACCAGAAUUAGGUAGUUGCCAGCACCAUUGCUUGUAUCUGAAAGCACAACUUUAGCCUGUCAUACUCGUCAGGACUGUACAGACACCUGUAGGUUCUGGCUGUUCUAUAGUUGGCUUUUGCAUUGUAGACCACUGUCUUCUCCGGUACUUGUAUGUUGAUCAGAAAAUUGGUGGGGUGUUUGGAAUCAUUAAGAGGCUCAGGAAAAAAAAAAAAAAAAAAAGGAAGAUUUAAUAAGGAAAAACAGCCCUGGUAGUUUCUGAUCUAAAUUUGUACUACAGGUUUUUUUAAAUCUGGGCUUCCAGUAGACUGCAGCUGCAAGUAGUCAUCUGUUAGUGAAAAUUGGCCUCUGCUUUUUUAUUUUAUAUUUUUUUUAAUUUAUGACAGCCAGCCAGUGCUUUUUGUGGGUUAAAGUAAAGGCAAGUCUCCCCAUCAAAACAAGUUCAGUAUCAGUGGUUGCAAAUCUAUGACAAUUCAUAGAGGAUUUCAUUGGUUUUCUAAGACCCUGUUUUUAUUGUCAUUUUUUCACCCUGAAGCUGGUUAGUGAUGUAACAUUUGCCAAUGAUCUAACCUAAAGGUCAUGUAUUUAUUUUUGUUACACUAUGUUCUUUGUAAAUGUUUAAUUAAAAUGUGCACUUUUAAAAAAAAAAAACACAGAACAAAAAAAAUUAAGAGCAAUUGGGUUUGCUUGAGAAGCUUCCUGGCACAAUUGUUGUAAUCCUGCUGCCUGCACACAAUUCACUCCUCUCCCCACAGCAGUUGACUCCUUCACAAAUUUAACUUGCUGAUUAGCACCUGGCGUCCAGCAGGCAUUACUUCAAAAUGGCAGGAGAUCUGAACAGGCAAUACUGAAGACUGGAAAGAAUUAAGUGUGGUGUCUCAGAGCAGUAUGUACAGGACGGAUGUGAAAUUAUUUUUAGAAUAGAACUCGUUCAGUGAUCCCAAGUGGGAAAGGGAGGUUAAUUUGGAAGGAAAGCUAAACUGUUUUUCAGCCACUUUAUUCUCCUUUUCUUAAUCUGAGAUUUGGCUGGAGGUUUUACAGGCUGCAUUCCAAGAAAAUAAAUCAAAAGGCUUUCCAAUUCUUUGACACCAGGAAGUAAAGGUACAUUGACAAUGUGUCACCCUGCUUUAAAAGAUAAAAAAAGCACAACCACCUCUCUUUUGCAGGAGCAAUGAUAAUUUAGCUAUAACCCUGGAAUCUGUCACUGUGAGCAGGUUUUGAAAGCAUACAGUACAUUGAUGGUUCUCUGUACUGUGCCUGGGAACUUGUUUCCCUGAGCUUUUGAAUUUGCUAGCUGUACAAGACACUGAUUUUGCAGAAACCUGAAUGUAUCAUGACGCUUACUUGGUCUGGGAGGAGCCAGACUGAUGAAGAGAAACUGGGUGCUGAAAUCCUGUCUAUCUACUGUGUGCUUGUGACAGGUUCAGGUCUGUGGAUGGAUAUGGCUGAAAUCUGUACAUCUUUGGGAAAAAGGGACCAGAUCCAGUUGGUAAAGAGGGUUUGCAUUUCAAGUGUUUGGCCUUGGAAUGUGUUUGUUAAAUGUAUUUAAGCUCUGGCCUGCAAAGAGACUUGCUGGGGCUAGUUUGCAUAGCACAAAUUGAAGACGGUGACCUGUUUGCAUUCUGGUACUGCAAGUGCAGUUUGUGACUUGCUGUUUAAGUGGUGAGUUCAGGUCUUGCUUUCACCAGUGAGAGGCAGGAGAAGUUGGCUGUCCUCAGGAGCUGUGUGCAGGCAGAGAAAGGGCCAGGGACAGGCUGUAAAGAUCCAUGGUUGGCACACUUCAUAAGCUGACCACUUACUGUACUCACGACUUGGGAGCAGUCAGUUUGCUCAGUCUCAGCCUUGGCUAUGUAUUUCUCUAAAUUAGGGGAUAGCUGAGUGAGACCACGGGGAAGGAAGGCCUUGAGCCUGUUAAUUACCUGGAAAUGGCCACUCUUAAGAACUAAGGAUGUUUGGAUGCUCUCCACAAGUUGUGUUUUAUCCAGGUGCCACUCCAUUUUUUGUGUGUAAUGACAUUUAUUUAUAUUGAAACAUUAAUUUUAAAAAGUUCUAGAACUUCGAGUUUGUAUGAGAUUUGAAACUGUGCUGCUUAUAUGGACUUCUAGGGAUGGGAUGGGGAACAGGGCAAGAAGAGGUGCUAGUUGGCAGUCAACCCCUCCACAGACUUGUCCACAGAUUGGUUGUUCACUUAAAAAAUGAGUUGUUUCUACUCUGAAUUUGUAAUUUGAAAUUGUUUUGGAACAACAUUUUUCAGGGAAGCUUCCAGAGCGAGGGUUCUCCCUUUGUAAUGUAAGCUGGAAAGAGUAAGUUCACCUCAUCUGCAUUUCUGAUUCUUUACCCAAACCAUGUCAGCACAGAACAGGGUAUUUGAGCUUGACUCCCACAUACUUGUGGAAGUUAAAAGACUAAAUGAAAAUCCAUUAUUGGGGGAAAAUAAAUUCUUAUUUACGUCUCCCUAAAAAUCUAGAAACAUCCCUGUUGAGUUUUGUUUUGGUUUUUUUUUUUACUUAAUUUUUUGUGCUUUAUCUGUGUUUUAAAAAAAAUUGUACUGGGUUAUAAUGCAUUUUAUUAACACUAUGUACAUAUUAGCUGCUUUGUGUUUCAGAAUGGUAGUAAUUGCUUUGUAUAUUAAAGUGAUUCUUGUGAAUUUGUGAA